AUGUCAAAAUAGAAAACAAAAGUACGCGUCGCUCCUAGAAACACAUCAGAAAGAGAGAGUUUUUAGCAGACUGAAAUUUCAUUUAAUUUAAGUGAUAAAGUGAAAUCAAAUAAUGACUACUAAACAGGACCAAGACAAGAUCUACAUUUCACUUCUUGGGCUGGCCGAAUAUUUUCGCACAACCAAUCCACCAAAUAUUAAAAAAUGCAUUCAAAGUCUGCAGGCAUUACUCACAUUUAUGCCACCAACAAAGGUGGUGGCCAGAACAAAUCUUCAACUGGGACAAGUUUUACUCGUUUAUACACAAAACGUUGACUUGGCCCGCCAUCAUUUGGAACAAGCGUGGAUGCUGUCGGAAAGUGUUCAAAAUUUCGAUGAUGUUAAAUUCGAUGCGGCCAGUUUGAUUGCGAAAUUGUAUCAGGAGCAAAAUCAAAGUAUAUUGGCAAAGCAAAUUCUCCGUCGCGCAUUACAAAUAUCACAGCAUAAUGUUUACUGGCACUGUAGGCUGCUCUUCCAAUUGGCUCAAUUACAUGCCAGCGAUAAGGAAUAUAGUGUGGCAUCGGAAUUGUUGGCUCUUGGCGUUGAAUCGACAGAAGAAACGAAUGCAACAUAUUUGAAAGUGUUAUUUCUGUUGAGUCGUGCCAUGAUUCUAUUGAUCGAUCGUAAAAUGAAUGACGUAUUGGCGAUAUUUCAUCAAGCGAGCAUCGUCAUUGAAAAUUCCAUUCAAAAUUUACAUUUGAAAGAAUAUUUGAAAGUGUUUUAUUUGACGUUGCAGGUUUGCUAUUAUCUGACACUCGGCCAAGUAAAAACGGUGAAACCAAAUUUAAAGCAAUUGCAACAAAGCAUUCAAACGCUAAUGGCGCCCACAUGGCCAUCAGACGAAAUAAUCUUCGGCCAAAAUGGAACCAAUAACUUGGAAAUGUUUAUGUGGCUACCAAAGGAGCAACUAUAUGUUCUUGUGUACUUGGUGACCGUUGCACACUCGAUGAUGGCUGGCUAUAUGGAUAAAGCACAAAAAUUCACUGACAUUGCAUUGGAACAAAUUGAAAAAUUGCGCGCACGAGAAAACAAACCAAUUAUCUCAAUGUUCCAAAUCAUAUUAUUCGAACACAUCAUCAUGUGUCGAUUGAUUAUGGGCAACAAAACUACUGCCAUCAAGGAAAUCUCCAUGGCUCGCGAUGUGUGCUUAAAUUCGCCGGAUAAGACACUAUUACAACGUCAUGCUCCGCAACUGCAUUGCUUAAUAGGGUUGUAUGCAAUGUCGAUUAAUUGUUUCGAACAUGCUGAACGUCAAUUAUUAUGCUGCAUACGUGAAACAACCGAACGGGAUUUGAAAUUUUUCGCUAAUUUACAUUUGGCCAUUAUUUAUUUAAGAACGAAUCGUGAAUCGGAGUUGCGUCAAAUACUCGAUGCCGCUCAAAUAGAAAUUUCACAUGGUUUGAAUAGUCAAGCGCUAAGUGGUUGUUUUUAUUAUGUUCAGGGAUUGAAUUCAUUCCAUAAGCACGCCUUUCAAGAUUCAAAACGAUUCUUGCGUGAAACACUCAAAAUGGCCAAUGCCGAAGAUUUAAAUCGUUUGACAUCGUGUUCGCUGGUUCUAUUAAGUCAUGUAUUUUUGAGCAUUGAAAAUUCCAAAGAGAGCAUGAACAUGGUAACACCAGCACUGCAAUUGGCAUCGAAAAUUCCCGAUAUCAAUGUACAAUUGUGGGGUAGCGCGAUUUUAAAAGAUCUCCAUCGAAUAUCACAUGAAGUUAUGCAAGAGACUGAAGUAUACGCCAAUCAUAUGACAUAUUCACAACAACUGCUUAAUGAUCAAUACAACUGUACUCAAUUGCCGGAGCAUGUGAUUCUUUUGAAUUGGCUCGCUGGCGACCCACCUACAUUCACAGAUGUUCAACAACAACAACAACAACAACAACAACAACAACAACAACAACAAAUGCCAUCAACAUCAUCAUACGUUCAAAACUAUGGCGGUGCACAAUAAAUAGAAACAACCAUUGUCGAUUCUUUUCUUUUUCAAUUUUAAACUUUUUUCGCCAUUUCAAAAUUAAAUUGAGUGUUUUUAAAUUUGUCCAAUUUUAAACUCAAUUCAGUAGAGUUUAUAAGAAAAAAUUCAGAGUUUUCGUUUCUUGGAAAUAAAAGUUUUAAUAAAAAAAACAAUUAUAUUUAUAUGAA